UGUAUUUAUUUUAACUUGUCAACAUAGGGUCAAUUCUAAAUCAGUAUUAUAUGCCAUGGAAUGGGUCUAUUAUAUGUUAUAGUCUAUGGAUCUGACACACGUUGCACGUGAUGCGGUAUUACGAAAUUAUAAUGUUGUUUGUCACCUGACAUUGAUGUGUAGAUAAGGUGUCAUUAGAGAUUUAUUGUUCUAUUUAGUGUUUGGUUAGAGGUGAUAUUUUCCUUUGAGAUACGCGAAGUUUUGCGAUGGGUCUAACUGGUAAUUCAGUCUUGGUAAAAUACCUGAUAUUCGCCUUCAAUUUAUUAUUUGUGAUCUUUGGCAUAGUGCUAAUAUCAGUGGGUGCUGCUGUUAAAGCAAAGUACCACGAGUAUGAAUUAUUCCUGGAUGACAAGUUCUUCUCUGUACCAGCCCUGCUUAUAGCAAUUGGUGUUAUUAUCUUUGUUGUGGCAUUUUUUGGCUGCUGUGGUUCUGUCAAAGAGAACUACUGCAUGGUGCUAACAUUCUCUCUUCUGCUGGUCGUCAUCUUCAUACUGGAAUUUUCAGCAGGAAUUGCUGGUUAUGUGCUCAGAGAUAAUGCAGAGACAUUUUUAGAAAGCAAGCUCAAAGAGUCCAUUAAUAACUACAAACAAUCUAAUAGCACUGCGAAAGUCUGGGAUGUCAUGCAGACUAAUUUCAACUGCUGUGGCAUAAACAAGCCUGAAGACUGGGACAGGGAGUACCAUGACACAAACGGAACUUUGCCGGCAUCUUGCUGCCACACCGAGUAUGGGUUGUGGGGUGGCGAGCCGUGUUCGACGGCCAGCCCGUACCGAAAUAAGGAAGGAUGUCUCCCGAAACUGGGUGCCUACGUGGCGGACCACGCAGCGAUGCUUGGGGGAGUCGGCAUAGGUAUUGCUGUCAUCCAGUUCUUGGGCAUGGUGAUGGCGUGCAAUUUGGCCCGCACCAUCAAGAAGUCAUAUGAGUCUGUGUAGCACAGAGACAAUGUUGCCUUCGUGGUUGAGUACAUCACAUGUUCUACCAUUGUUUCCUUAUGCCACAGAAAUAUUUUUUAGGUAUAGUAUUUUUACUACUAUAGAGAUAAAUUGUGGUUUUUAUGCUAGAAAAAAGUUUGAAUUAUGUAUUAUUGUUCAAUUUUUAAUUAGGGAAUGUUAACACAGUAUCCUUUAGUAAAACAUGUAGCUUUUAUUUUAGGAGCAUUGUGGUUUUAUUUUAAAAUUAUUUUAAUUUGAUAAUGCAACUAUUAAGCUAAAAUAGUGGGUAAAAUUUUAUUAGAUUCACAUUUUGCAAAGGUUCUGUAAUGUAGCAGCCGUUGUGGAUGUCGGGACUCCAGCAACUAGAUGUAAUAUUUUCUCUCUUCGGUUUAGAUAAUGUUGCACAUUACUAAUCAGAAAUGGGCACUGUGUAUAGGUAUUACAUUAGCGUAUUUACUAUGGUAUUGAGACUGAAUCCCAAAAUGGAAAAUAUUUAAUUUACGAACCGAGGCUCAGAGGCGGAUGCAGAAAUUUAUUUAGGGAGGAGAUUAGGAAAGAAUAAAUUUUGAAUUAAAAAAAAAAGAACAUCAACAAGGCAUUUGAAUAGUUGCAUUAUUAUUCUCAACAUGUAUCACUGCUUUCGUGGAUUGUAAUUCGAGGUAGUGUAACAGCUCACCUUUCAUCACUCAAUAUAACCGAGAUGUCACUUUUUUUUUCUUCCCAAAAUUUCUAGAUGGGGGGGGAAUAUCUUCUCCUCCAUUUUGCAUCCACCCGUUCUGAGCCUUUAUUCUUGUAGAUUUUAAAAACCCAGCAAACAUUAAUUUCUAAGUCACCCAGUGUUAGAAUUUAAGUAAAAACGUUUGCAAGUAAACAAGAACCAGCAAGAACUGUGAAGAUGACAAAAAAAAUGUAGAUUAUUACCUUAGUUAUGAGUAUGCGAAGAAAAGGUAUUGAUGUGGAUUACUAUAAUAGGAAAUCCUUAGGGAAAAUGAAUAUUUUAUGACUUGCUCAAGAAAAGCCCAAAAAUGUUGUUCAGAGUAUAAUUAAUAAUGUAAUUUUAAUAUCCAUAUAUUUUUUAAAAUAUAUUAUGUAAAAUAAGAUAAAUAAAGUGAGAUUAAAGUAGACCUCUGGGGUAGAUGUAGAUCACUAGAAAUGAUAGAAAAUAGUGAUAUACAUACAUUUAAAGCUAAUGUUACAUUAAUUGCACAAAAAUUUUUUUCCCCCUUGUGAUAUAUUUGUUAUUGCAUAAUGAAAUAAUACUACAUAUACACUGUCACUAAAAUGGUUAAUGCCACCUUUUGUAACUGUCUGUAUUAGUGAUGUGGUAGUUUUUUUUCUCAGCAGAAACUCAUAUAAAUAUAAAAUGUGCCUGAAAUAUUAAAAAAAAAUUUAACUUAAGACUGGUUAGGAAACUUGGGCAGUUUCAUCUAUUGUGUUAGUUGAAAAUGCAUUAAAAUAGUUUGCGGAUUAAAUCACAUUUGCAGAGCACUAGGAUAUUUUUUUUUCAAUAAAUUGUUAGUCAAUAUGUACAGUGAAGAAUGUAGAAAGUAUUAUAAUAAAGUGUGUUUUCUUAGCAAA